AUUUGAUUUAGUUUCCUGUUCACACAACACUUUAGCCACUAUCUGCGUCCCUCAUCAGUUCAACUUUUUUUUUUUUUUUUUUUUGAACCGCUAAAACUAUCUGCUUGCAUUGUAUCGUGACUAUCUCCCGUUUCAAGUAUCCCUCCCACAAGAUGGCCUCUCAGGCAGCUUUCCAGGUCGAAAAGGCCGUCGGACACGAUGGUACCACCAUCACACAACAAGAUGUAACCAACUACGAGGCCACCGGAGAUAGCAGCCAUACGAUGAAGGCGCUCGCGUGGCAAGGCAAGAACAAGGUCAAGAUCAUCGAGACUGCCCGCCCAAAGAUCAUUGAGCCUCGCGAUGUCAUCCUGCGCGUCACAGGGAGCACCCUGUGCGGCAGUGACCUGCACCUGCUGCACGGUUCAGUCAUCCAGAUGCAGGAGGGAGACAUCCUCGGCCAUGAGUUCUGUGGGGUUGUCGAUGAGAUUGGCGAUGACGUGAAGGGAAUCAAGAAGGGUGGGCGUUAUGUUGCCUCCUUCCAGAUUGCUUGUGGAGACUGUUUCUUCUGCAAGAACAAGCUUUCGUCUCAAUGCGAAAAGACAAACUCAAACACAACAGAACACGCCAUGUACGGAGGCCAGACGGCGGGCAUGUUCGGCUACUCACACUUCACGGGAGGCUAUGCCGGCGGUCAGGCCGAGUACGUGCGCGUCCCGCUCGGUGAUGUGAACCUGCUCCCCAUUCCUGACGACGUCCCUGACGAGAAGGCUUUGUACUUGUCCGAUGUGCUCUGUACCUCGUACAACUGCGUCAAGGACACGGCAGUGUACAAGGGCGACGAGGUCGCUAUCUUCGGGGCCGGGCCGAUUGGGCAGAUGGCUGGCGUCUUCGCCAUCAACGAGGGGGCGUCCAAGAUCAUCUUUGUGGACACCGCCACGAGGCUGGACCUGGUCAAGAGCAAGUGGCCUGCGGAGCACCAAGACAAGCUGGAACUGGUCGACUACACAAAGCUGAGCUUCGGCGUCACCAACAAGCCCACCGUCGUCAGCAGGCUCAAGGAGCUGUGCGGCGGCCGCGGCCCGGACGUUGCCCUCGAGUGCGCUGCUGGCGAAUAUGCCAAAGGCUGGAUGCACUGGCUGGAGAUGGCAGUCGGUGCCGAGACCGACACCAGCGAGCUAGUGAACGAGAUGAUUGAGGGCGUGAGGAACUACGGCCGUUGUGGAAUCACAGGUGUCUAUGUUGGAUACACUAAUCACUUCAACAUCGGAUCUCUCAUGGAGCGGGGAAUUCGUCUCAUCGGAAACGGUCAAGCACCAGUUCACAAGUACUGGGAUGAGCUCCUGAAGGACAUCCAAGAGGGCAAGCUGGACCCGUUGCAGAUGGUUUCGCACCGCAUCAAGCUCGAGGACCUCGACAAGGUCUACUACAAGUUUGACAAGCAUGAGGAUGGUCUCCAGAAGAUAUUCGUCGAGACCAAGCACUCUUUCCCUCCUUGCAAGGGGUCUCCGGAAUUGACCAGGUUUUGA